UCACACUCAGGACACACCCUGCCUACGAUACAGUGUAGUACAGUGCAGUGCAGUGGACAAGAGGUGAUAGAGAGACGGUGAGAGUUUGCAUAACAGGCAGCUACAGCCUGUACAGAGGGAGGGAUGGGAAUGCUGAAUCAGUGAAACUGCAUGAAAGCCUGGGAGAGGGUGGAAGAGGGUAAACGGCGGGGGAGAGGGAAGAGAAAGGGUAGGGACAGGGUAGACUGGGUAAGAUGUACAGUACGAUGCCUCGUCAUUCAUUUCAUCUCUUAAUUGUGAAUGUGGAGCUGACCAUUCACCCUGUUUUACCUUGAGUUAAGAGACUUUAAACAGACUUUUAAUCUCAGUGCUGCUUUAGAGUACAUUACAUUUCUAGGGUUUAAAGCCGGAACUGCCCCUUUACAGUUUCCAGCAAGCCAGAACAGCGAGAUGGAGGUAGACAAGGUGGUGUGUUUGCCAAGGUUGCCCCGGGUUGCUGUGUGCGGCGGUACACAUGGCAACGAGCUGUCUGGGGUGUACUUAGUGAGAGAGCUGCUGAAGGCAGAGAAGAAAGUGAUGGAGAAGGAGGAGGAAGAACCCCUGUCAGUGCUGAUGGUGCUGUCGAACCCGCGGGCCAUGCAGCAGUGCCGCAGAUACGUCGACACCGACCUCAACCGCUGCUUCACCCACGCCAAGCUCAAUGGUCCCAUACCAGACGAUGCCCCCUAUGAGAUAAUCAGAUCCAGGGAACUGAACGCCACGCUGGGUCCAAAAGGAAAUCCAGAGGCGGUGGAUCUUGUUUGUGACCUCCACAACACCACUGCCAACAUGGGCCUGUGCUUCAUCGCGUACUCUGACUGUGACUGGAUCUGCAUGCACAUAUUUAGACAUCUGCAGAGGCAGAUGCCAGAUGUACCAAUGAGGUACAUCCAUUUUGAUGUCUCCAAUAAAGAAUCAUAUUCCCUUGAUUCAGUGGGAAAACAUGGCUUUGCCAUGGAGAUCGGCCCACAGCCCCACGGUGUGGUGAGGUCAAACAUCUAUACGGCAAUGAAAGUUGGUGUGCAGCACAUGCUCGAUUGGGUCCGUAUCUUCAACUCAGGUACUAUUUUUGAAGGAGGAUGUGUGGAUGUGUUCACUAUGAUCAAACACAUUGACUACCCAAGAGACAGUGAGACUCGAAACAUCACAGCAGCCAUUCAUCCUCAAGUCCAGGACCGAGACUUCUGCCUGCUCCACCCUGAAGACCCACUGUUCCAGACUUUCUCAGGCGAAACUCUGAGGUAUAAAGGCAAUGAACCUCUUUAUCCUUUCUUCAUCAAUGAAUGUGCAUAUUACGAAAAGGGCAUCGCUCUCUCCCUGGCAAGGAAAAGGCGUGUUAUGAUUCCUGCAAUCCGGGUGCAGACAGAGCAGCAGCAACAGGCUAACAAACAGGAAUUUGCAUCAGAAGAAGAGGAGUGAGGAUGGACUUAACACACACAACGUGAUGAGACUGAUGUGACUGAAAUAAAUUUUACAAAAAGCUUUUAUUGAAACAACAGCAGUUGCUUGGAACACGCACGUGUACGCUCGCUUACACUCACACACGAUAUUUAGGUGUACAUUUAUUAACUGUUUCAGCUCACAACUGGAGAGUGAACAUCACUGUAGAUUCACAAAAGCAGUCAUACAUGGACAUUUGUUAUAUUUACGCUACAGUGAAUUCUGGGAUAGAACGAUUUCUUGAUUUAAAAGGCUGAAUAUGCAAAAUACAAUCUAAUUUACCAUAAGCCAGACCAUCAGACCACAUACAGUGCAUAAUUUCACAGACAUUCUUUAGUUUUAUGAAACUGUGAGACUGGUGGUAAUUUAUACAUGUCUGCAAAUAUAUAGCAUAGUUUUUCUUUUCUAAAUUUAUUUUGUUUUGGGACACAUCUUCA